AUGGCUGGAGGCAGCCAGACCUCAAAUGUCCAGGAUUGGCUAGCGUGGCGCCUGGCCCGGCCUCUCCACACCCAACUCCUCCACUUCAGCCUCGAAUUCACUGAGAGAGAACCUCAAGACCCCUCCUACGCCGCAACUGCCGCCGCAAUGAACGCCGCAGCUCAGGGCGAAAAGGCCCUCAAAGACUCCGACCUACCCCUGGCCAUCCAGCACUACACCCAAGCUCUGACGGAGCUACCCCGCGCCCCGGCCUACUAUAUUUCACGCUCAACCGCCUACACGCGCCUCAAGCCCGCAGACGGCGGCCCAAACCCCCAAGCUGCCCUCCGCGAUGCCGAAUGCGGACUCGUCCUCGCGAGCGAGCGCGGAAAGCGCGAGCUGAUGCUCUCAGCCCAGAUGCGUCGCGCUAUCUCGCUGUACCAGGUUGGCCGCUACGGAGAUGCGCAAUUCGUGCUGAAUAUCCUUGACGAGAAGGUUGGUAGCUCCGAAGCGCCUGUGGAUAGAUCUGCAGGUAUUCAGGCUGCUAUGGCUGGUGUGAAGAAGGGGUUCCUUGGAUCUGAGCUGCCUGUUUGGUUGGCCAAGGUGCGCAAAACCUUGCGCGAGCUCCCUGAGGGCGACGCGAAGGCUGUUGUUUCUGUUGUGGAGGUUCCGGGAAAUGUCCAGAUCCCUACUGAAUUUGAGUUGAAGGCUCAGUUGGCUGCUAUUAAGUCUGGCAAGGGUGUUGGAGCUGUCGAGACUGCCCAGAAGGAUGCGUCCAAGGCCGCUGCUGGCCCUGCUUCGUCUUCUGCUGUUGGGCCCUCGGGUGCUCAGUCUCAGAGUGCUCAUGGGAGUGCUACUGCACCCGCUGCUGUUCUGGAGAAGGUGCGCCAUGAGUGGUAUCAAUCUCAGGAUGCUGUGGUGGUCACCCUCUACAUCAAGGGAAUUCCCAAGGAUAAGGUUACAACUGAUUUGAAGGAGAAUUCGCUGUCUCUGCGAUUCCCUCUCCCCUCUGGCGCCGAAUAUGACUUUACUCUGGAUCCUCUCUACGCUACCAUCGAUGCUUCUGCCUCCAAGGUUUCUGUCAUGGGCACCAAGAUCGAAAUCACUCUACAGAAGCAAAAGGCAGGCCAAAAGUGGAAUGCUUUGGAAGGCUCCUCCACCGCCACCGAGGUGACUGACCGGCCCGCCGCACCAGCUGCACCAGCUGCCUCAGGCCCUUCAUACCCUACCUCUUCCCGCAGCGGCGCCAAAAACUGGGAUCAAGUUGCCUCUUCUCUAACUGAGAAGAAGCCCAAGGCUGGAUCGAAGGACGAAGCCGAUGAUGCCUCGGAUGAUGAGCUCGGCGGCGAUGCAGUCGAUGGAUUCUUCAAGAAGCUAUAUGCCAAUGCCGACCCUGAAACCCGCCGCGCCAUGAUCAAGAGCUACACUGAAAGCCAGGGUACAUCCCUAAGCACCAACUGGUCGGAGGUUGGCAAGGGUAAGGUGGAGGCUCAUCCUCCAAACUAA